UCCCCAGCUCCGUCGCCACAAUCAUCCCGAAGCUGCGCACACGCCGGCGGCAGUAGCAGCAGCAGCCAUGUACACCAGCACCUGCUCUGCGGCGGACGAGCGCGUGUACUGCCCGGAGUGCCGCCGCGCGACGGAGGUUGUCCUGGACCACGGCACCGGCGACACCAUCUGCACAGAGUGUGCGCUCGUCCUCGACGCGCACUACAUCGACGAGGGUUCCGAGUGGCGCAACUUCGCCGACGACGGCGGCGGCGAGGACCGCGACCCCAGCCGCGUCGGCGCCUCCGGCGACCCCUUCCUCGCCGCCAAGCUCUCCACCGUCAUCGACUCCUACUACAAGCCCAAAAAGUCCUCCGCCACCGGCGUGGCGGCCAACGCCCCUCCGAGGAUGUCGGUGCCGGACGCGGAGGCGGCCUCCGAUAAGACCCUCGUCGACGGCUUCCGCGGCAUCGCCGACAUGGCCGACCGGCUCGGCCUCGUGGCCACCAUCCGGGACCUGGCCAAGGAGACGUUCAAGAAGCUGGACGAGGCCAAGGGCUGCCCGCGCGGCCGGAAGCGGGACUCCGUCUACGCCGCCUGCCUCUACAUCGCCUGCCGCAACCUCGGCAUGCCGCGCACGUACAAGGAGCUCGCCUCCGUCACCGCCGGCGGCGUGGCUGCCAAGAAGGACGUCGGCAAGAUGGCGACGCACAUCAAGAAGCUCCUCGGGGAGGAGGACGGCCAGGUGAUGGACAUCGGCGUCGUGAGCGCCUCCGACUACCUGCGCCGCUUCUGCUCCCGGCUCGGCCUGGGCAACCAGGAGGUGCGCGACGCGCAGGAGGCCGUGCGGAGGGUCGAGGAAGGGCUCGACGUGCGCCGCAACCCGGAGUCGGUCGCCGCCGCCAUCAUCUACAUGGUCGUGCAGCGUGCCGGCGCCAGCAGGUCCGCCAAGGACGUGUCCGUCGCCACCGGCGUUGCCGAGGGCACCAUCAAGGAGGCGCACAAGGACCUCGCCCCGCACGCCCAGAUGCUCUUCGGCUGAGCCUGAACGCCCACGACAUUAACGCUUUUUCUAGCUUGAUUGCUUGGCAGGUCCUUGGCACAUGCAUGCAUGUUUGCCAUGUCCACAAUCCCAAAC